AUGACCAGAAGUCAGACAGCAAAUAUGGCGAUUCCUCCCGAAUGCGACGAUAAGCUUAGGCUUUUCAUUCAGUCAUGUGCUGAACUCGAUCUUUUGGCUCGACCUGAGGGCCUUGAGAACGAAGAUCUACAAGACGGGCUAUUAGACCCGUCCACUCUCUUACGAUUUUUAACGGCGCGCCAAUACGAUACGGCCGCUGCCCUCAAGCAAUUCCAAGAAGCAUCACAGUUCCGCCGGGAGAAGCACAUCGUCAGGCUUCAUGACAUGGUUGAAGUUACUGAUUUUGAACAAGCUCGACAAUUCGUAGGUUUUCAUUUUCUCUUUCCAGAUCAAAGUAUUAUUCUAACUUGA